AUGACCGACCAUCACCAUAUGGCGACGCCGUCGCCCCAACCCGACAUGACUAGGAAUCGACUGCCGACGUUGUUUGAGGUGCUCAGUCGACGAACAUUGCCGCCGGUUGAUUUGUUCUCAUUCUAUAUAUAUAUGCGAGAUCAGCAGAGAUCAGUCGACUAUCUCGAUUUCUGGCUCGAUGUUGCUCAACACAUGUCGCUGUGUCGACAUUAUGUGCGUGAGCUCCGACGAUCUGUUCUUGUUGCAACGCCGGACAUAGAAAAGACGAAUUCAAAGCGGUCUUCGCAAAUUUUGGAGAGUAUUGGCGAUUUAGAACCGCGCCCAGCAGGCCCAUCAAUGUAUGCGACUGAGAAGGAAAGGGAUCAAGAUGCUCAGAUGUCGGCUUUCUUGCGGGAGGAACCGGCCCACGAUUCACCACACAGCGGAUCGGGUAUGGCACGGCCCAGUCCUCAAUUCAGCACGCCUCGCGAUGUGACCGAUUCGAACUCCCCAUCUCACACCGUCGCCCGACAAGAUAUCAGAGCUUCCGCCGAGAAGAUUCUGUAUACUUUUUUGCUACCAGGUGCCGAGCGAGAAAUCACGCUUCCCGGAUCCAUUACUCAGGAUGUGACAACUGCUAUUGAGGAAUACGGCCGCGACGACCCAGAAGUGUUUGAUGUUGCCAAAGACUAUGUCUUCCAGGCCAUGGAACGAGAUGCCUUUCCUGGAUUCUUGCGGAUGAAGGCCCUGGGUAACUUGAUUCCCCCAACGCUCGUGAUGCGUCUCAUUAUUGGACUGGUUUCCAUGUUUGGAGCAUUUUGGGCUGCAUUUGUUCUCAUUUUCCUCGACAAGUCUCGCCAGACAAGAUGCUGGCUCAUACUCCCAUUUACCGUUGGUGUCUAUUUCUUGUCGUCGUAUCAAUACUCAUUGGACCCCAUUAUGGCUCUCAUCGGCUUCAGCGAGUACACGCCCUUUAACUUCUCACGGAUUCGAGAACCUUACGUCCGCCAACUUCUCGCCAAGCGAGCCAUGAUGGUAUUGGCUAUUACUAUCCUCAUCGAUGCUGCUCUCUGUGUCCUAUUUAUUCUUGUACCGGGCAAGAGAUUGUAA